CCAACUUCAGCAAAACAAACAAACAGAUUUUGCUGAGAGGUGUGUUAUGUAGAACCAUAACAGGGGGUUUUGAUGGCUGAUGAUGGUAUUACUGAACUGCUGGACGAAGUGGAGCGAAAAUACUGCUCCCCAAAAACCACACCCACUCCCUCUACUACUAGAGUCGUUUCCAAGGAAACGGUCUCCAAGGCGAGUCAUCACCAUGGCAACCGUAAACCGAGAGCAGCUGCUAGUGCCACCUCUUGUAGAACACCUACGACGACAGUCAAAAUUAGCAACGAUGUCAUUAAAAAUGACAUCAUAACGGGGGAAGAGGAGGAGGAGGAGGAGGACCUGGAUAAGAUAAUCAGUGAGAUAAUUAAAGAGCCAGGGGCUCCCCCAGGGAAUAAGAGAGGGAGUGGGAAGAGGAUAGAGUCGACUAUGAGCAUUCCUUCUCCGCCAGACGAAAGGUGUUUCCCUGUGAUGGUGGCUGGUGUAUCCACACCACCGGGUCUCUCAGAUUCUAUCACAAGAAGGGCUUGUGACCGGUUACGCUGCACGUCAUGUGAUUUUCAGGUGAUAUCAUUCGACCACAGCACCUGGCAUUCUCGCUCCGACUACCUCUUCUUCCGCAACAACAUGCCCGACAGAGACAUGCUGAGAAAGAACCUCGUUAGCAGGAAAGGUUGGAGGGCGUAUGCGUGUCAGUGUUCUUGGAGGUCG